CCCGGCUCUGUCCACGGAAUGCUUCCCCCCCUCUCCGUCCUCCUCCCCCUCCCCGCCGACGAAACCCUACGCACUCCCUAGCCCCCGCCUCCGCCUCCGCCCCCCUCGCGAUGUACUCCGAUAGGUCCUCCGGGAGGAAGCGCUCUGUCAUGGACCGCCUCGGGUCGGGCGGCGGAGGCGGCAGCUCCCGCUCGCGACCUGACGACGCAAAAAGGUUCUGCCAGGCUGAUUGGACUUGGAGACGUGAGCUUUAUAAGGAUUCUGGAGGAAUUCAAAGUUCUUCUGGACUUACUUCCAUAAGUCUUCAAUCAAACCAAAAAUCUCAAUUGCAGAAAAGCAUUGAAGUUGUGAAGAAAUCAUCUGUUCCAGAUCUUCGUGAAAAGUUAUCUGGGGUCCAGCGCCCUCAACUUAACAGUACUUUUCAGAUCCCAAAGCCUGUAAAAGAGAUUGUUAAGAGCGACAAAUCUGUUAAAAAGAGAGACCCCCCUCCUAUUGCUGCUCCUCCAGUCACUAAGAAAAUCGGCACACCAGCACCAUCUGCACAGAAGCAAUCCCAGGAAAAGGCUGAUGCAUCCCUUGACAGUUUACUGAAGUCUCUUGAUCUUGAGAAGUAUCUGAUAAAUUUCCUGGCUGAAGAGGUUGAUAUGAAGGCUCUGGUUCACAUGAAUGAAGAAGAUAUGAAGUCUUUAGGAAUUCCCAUGGGCCCGCGGAAAAAGAUACUAUCAGCGUUGUCUUCGAAAUCACUGCCUACCAGUUGAGCGGCACCCUUAGCCGUUUGUAGUAGCUAGACAACUAGUUGAUCUUGGAUAUGUGCAACUGCAUCAUCGACUUGCAGAAUUAACUCCACUGAUGUGCAAGAUUCGUGUCAAUUGAGACUUGAGGCUAUUUAUAUUUA